AUGCUUGUUACCACUCUUGCCGCCCCCUGCGCCAUCGUGAAAAGGACGAUCACACCGGAUGGGGUCGCAGAGUCUAUUAACACCGGCAAGAAAAUUAUUGACUGGAAUUACAAUGGCCAAAGAAAUGGAUCUAUCGAUGUCAAAACUACCUCUAGAAUAUGGGCUUCCCUCGGCAGAGACAGGCUGGCAAGAUACCAUCCUCAUCUCGUUUCCGCGGACGGCCACGGCGACAAGCAUUCAAGGCGCUUCAUCUUGGACUCGAUGUUUAUAUAUGAGCGCACGGCAGGUUCGUUGGGAAGACGGUCCACACUGCCAUAG